CAGAAGCGUGGGUUAACUAGUUAUCCUUCGUGAGUCACUACUUCGCUGAUUCUCUCCAAGCUAUAAAUUCGCUCCGUUGGCUAAUGAACUGUCCAUUUCAACUACGAACAUCCAGCUUUCGGGAUCACAUUUUUCAAGCAUGGGCCAUGAGCAAGUGUUGCUGCUGCAACUAAUUGUGCUUUUCUGCAUUUCGCUUCUCGCCUUCCGCACAGACGCAGUUCCUGUAGGAUCCUCGAAUGGCGCCGAUAAGGAGGCUUCGAAUGAGUCGGAAAAAAUUCCCGUAGAAGGCUUUUUGGUAAAAUCGGUUGAGUUUGAAGUCGGCGUGCUCGAAGAUGAUGGCGUCAACAGCACGGACACUUCCUCGGAACCUCAUUUCGUGACUGACAAGUGGGAGGAAACUGAAUUCGCUCUGAUUUUGCCAUCCAACCCUGUUGCUUCUCCGAUAGAAGACAAGCUGAAGACGAGUACGAGCACAACUGACUCGACAUGAUUUGUGAUAAUAAAUCCACCAGAUAAAUAAGAUACGGUUUUGCAACUCUGGGCUAAAUCUGUAAUUUAAUUAAUUAUGUAAAUAACAAUUUUAUUUUAAAAAUAAAGAAUUUUAAAAUG